UGCCUAAUCUCGCAUCAUGUGCAAUCCUCCACGCCCUCAUUGCUACCUCUAGCCUCCACAGCUUUCUGUCCUUGUGUAUGUUGUACACCAGCACGACAGACGGACUUUUCUUAUAACUCAGUGGCGCAUUCAUCUUCGCAUCCAGUAGAUGCCUGCGCUCCUCAAAGUUGCCAUUCUCCAGUAACUCCAUUUCCCGCCACUGGAACACCCAGUUCAACCGCAUCUAUUUUCUGUAUGUCGGGUCUCGCAUGCUCCAUCUGCUGCCCUUCCAACUUGCGCCCCGGGCUGACUACUGUUGGAGUGGGACAGUCUUGUGCUUCAUCUGAGCAAAUCUUGCUUCUUGACCCAAGUUCUUUUUCCGGAAUCGGUUCAUCUACUCCUACCUCCACUUCUGCUUCCUUCCUAUCCGCCCCCCCAUCUCCCUCGUUUACCUCCUUCGUUCCUCACAUUCAUUCCUCUGGAGCCCAUGCCCAACCUGGUUCAGGUCGAACUGACUCUAUUUCAAUUUUGACGCCACUUUCAGCCCUCCACCCGCCCUUGAUGUCGGCACCUGAACCGCCCUGUUUACCUCCACGUUCACAUCAUGCAGUGCUACCUACUACUUCAACGGCCAGGUGCUCUAAGCAUAUUGCUGCAGUGCCUCCAUCACAUGGACCAAUAGUCCCAGCAGCACUUCUUUCCCCUCUUCCACUCCCCUUGGCAUUUACCUCACCUGACUGUCAUGUUGCUAAGGAAACGACAGCAAGCCCAAUUUCUCCUUCAGUACCACCAAACCAGCAUCAUCUUCACCAUGUGCAACACCAUCUAUUGCAAUUACACUCGGGGCUUGGUUCAUGCUGUCACCAACCUCUCCCUCCUCUGCCUCCACGCAAAAUAAGCACCUCGCACGUGACAGCUCCUGAUAUCGCAUCUUCUGCUCAUCCGACCUCUACUUCAACUCUAUCACCAUCACUCUCGUCGGCUGCCUUGAUGGUACCGCUACUACUACCCAAACCAGAGCUGGCCACACGUCGGCAUCUAGACUAUUGUAGUCAGGCCGACGAUGCAGUGUUGCCGAUUGAUGAAAGCUUGGUUCGGACGGAAACCACUGAUUAUGGUGCAUCCGACAACCAAGUCCUGACAUAA